CCUACUUAGCUUUCCUUGUAGCCCGAACGUGUGUGACUGUGUGCUAGGUGAAACUCUCUUUUAGUCUGUGUAUGUGUGCCUGUGUGGUCGGUGAAAUGGCCAGUGCUUCAGUGUUUCAGGAUGAGUUCUGCUGUCCUAUCUGUCUGGAUCUUCUGACGGACCCAGUGACUGUUACCUGUGGACACAGUUUCUGUUUGAAGUGUAUUACAGGGUGCUGGGAUCAGGAAGACCAUAAGGGUGUUUACAGCUGCCCCCAGUGCAGAGAGACCUUCACUCCUAGACCUGUUCUUCGCAGAAACACAAUGAUGGCUGAUGUUGUGGAGAAACUGAAGAAGACAGAAGUCCAGUCUGAUGCCACGGCUCCUUCCAACGCCGGACCAGACGAUGUGGAGUGUGAUUUCUGCACUGGGAGAAAACACAAAGCCAUUAAGUCGUGUCUAACAUGCCUGGUUUCAUAUUGUGAAGUUCACAUCCAGCCUCACUACGAAGUGCCUCGCCUAAGCAAGCACAAGCUAGUGAAUGCCUCCUCCCGGCUACAAGAGAAGAUCUGCUCACAACACGACAAGAUCAUUGAGGUGUUUUGUCGCACAGAUCAGAAGUUAAUAUGUAUGCUCUGUUCAAUGGACGACCACAACGAACACAAAACUGUCUCCGCUAUAGCAGAACAAACUGAGAAGCAGAAAAAGUUGUUGGAGAUGAAGAGGGAUAACCAGAGGCGGAUCCAGCAGAAGGAGAAGGAGGUGCUGGAGGUGAAACAAGCAAAGAAGUAUCUGCAGAUGUCUGCACAGGUAGCUGUUGAGGACACAGAGAAGAUCUUCACGGAGCUGAUCAGCUUCAUGCAGAAAAAAAGGAUUGAGGUAAAAAUGUCUAUCAGAGCUCAGGAGAAGGCAGAGGUGAGUCGAGCUGAAGGACUCCUGAAGCAGCUGGAGCUGGAGAUCGCUAAGCUAAAGAACAGAGAUGCUAAGAUGGAGCAACUCCUGCCAAUUGAGGACCCCAUUGAUUUCCUUCAGAGUUUCCAGCCACACCUCACCUCCUCACCUGUGGCUAAGAACCUUCCCAAGGUUACUUUUGAAACAAAGUUCUCCUUCCGCGAAGUGAUGAAAUCAGUGUCUCCGUCUCUGAAUGAGAAAACAAAACAGUUCCUCCAGGACAUACUUAAAGUCACGGGCUUCGUGAAGGGGGACAAGGUCAAACUGAAGACUCCUGUGAACGUUGGCAGUUAUCUUCAUUGUAAUAGUAGGCAUGGACACUUGUUAGACCGACAGAGUUAUGACAUCACUGUCAGUGGUGUGGGUGAGGUAACAGGUUCUACAGGGCCCGAUACUGUGACCGUUAACUUUCCUGAGCUCCCUGGUUGGAAGGGGAGUUCUUCUGAGCUGGAAGUGGUAUUCGCGAUAAAGAAAGAUCCAUGAUUAUUUACUUCCCCUAACGUUUAUUUUGGACUGACCAAGACCACCCUGUCCCUCUAUCCUAAUGCUCUGCUGAUGCUCUAUGCAAAUACCUUUGUCCUUUAUUUUAUGUAACAUAAUGAACAGGUGCAAAGAUCACAUCUUGAAAUCAUUCAUGAAUCGAUUUCUUCACUCUUCUUUCUGCCUUUGUUAGCGUGUAACAAUCUCCAUAUUAUGAUCAACUAAUAGUGUAUGUCACUUUUGCAGUUUCACAGUAGAAUGGAAUUUAUUAAUACAAUGUAUUAACAAUGCAGCCUAUAUGUCAAUGCGGCAAUGCCUUUGUUUCUUGCUCAUUAAGUUUAAUCCAAAGAAGAAUUACAACCUGUUAAUCAGUUAAAGCAGGGGUUUACUGUACUGUACUCUAGAUCAGGGGUUUUCAAAUGGUGUGGUCCCAGGGACCACUAUUCUGACUAGAAAGUAAACCGCGGACCACUGUUGUGCCUGCGCGUGCGUGCGUGUGUGUAUGCGUGCGUGCG